AUGCUGAGGCAGUGGUCGGUGCAGGCCCCAGGGGAGCCAGAACCUGAGCCGGCCGGCGAGGAGCUGUGGGAGCAGGAGAUGGAGCGGCUGUGCUCCUCCCAGGAACCUGUGCGGGUGCUGCCCUGCGCCAUGGUGGACAAGCGCUUCAUCCGGCAGCUGCGGGAGCCCGAGGGGGUGAAGACCUCGUGCUGGCAGCAGUGGCGUCACAGGCGGCAGACUGCAGGACGGCGCCUGGGGGAGGCAGCACGGCGGCUGGCCCAGGGCUGUGGGCUCUGGGAGGGGGCGCUCUACGAGAUUGGGGGCCUCUUUGGCACCGGAAUCCAGGCCUACUUCACCUUUCUUCGCUUCCUGCUGCUGCUUAACCUGCUGACCCUACUGCUGACCACCAGCUUCGUCCUGCUGCCCCUGACCUGGCUCCGCCCCCCUGACAGAGGACCUGCUCUGAACUUCACCCUCCAGUGUCCUGGUGGCCACCAACCCCAGACUGGUGUUCCCAAGUUCAACAAUCUACUUUGGAAUGUUUUAACCGGCAGGGCCUUCAACAACACCUAUCUCUUUUACGGCGCGUACCGAGCGGGGCCUGAGAGCAGCUCAAUAUACAGCAUCCGCCUGGCCUACUUACUGAGCCCACUGGCCUGCCUGCUCCUCUGCUUCUGUGGGAUUCUGCGGCGGAUGGUGAAGGGGCUGCCACAGAAGAUGUUCCUGGGCCAGGACUACAGGUCACCUCUCAGCGCCAAGGUCUUCUCUUCCUGGGACUUCUGCAUCCAGGGGCAGGAGGCAGCCACCAUCAAGAAGCAUGAGAUCAGCAACGAGUUCAAGGUGGAGCUGGAGGAGGGCCGUCACUUGCUGAUGGUGCAGCAUCAGACCCGGGCUCAGAGGGCCUGCCACCUGCUCACCUACCUGCGGGUCAACAUCCUCAUCGGGCUCCUGGUGGUUGGGGCCAUCAGUGCUAUCUUCUGGGCCACCAAGUACUCGCAGGACAACAAGGAGGAGUCCCUGUUUCUGCUGCUCCAGUACCUGCCCCCUGGGGUCAUCGCCCUGGUCAACUUUCUGGGUCCCCUGCUGUUUGUUUUCCUGGUCCAGCUGGAAAACUACCCUCCCAACACUGAGGUCAACCUUACCCUUAUCUGGUGUGUGGUGCUGAAGCUGGCCAGCCUGGGAAUGUUCUCCUUCUCGCUGGGCCAGACUUUGCUGUGCUUUGGCAGAAACAAGACCAGCUGUGAGUCCUACGGCUACAACGCAUGUGACUACCAGUGCUGGGAGAACUCGGUGGGGGAGGAGCUGUACAAACUCAGCAUCUUCAACUUCCUCCUCACGGUGGCCUUCACCUUCCUUGUCAGCCUGCCUAGGAGGCUGCUGGUAGAGCGGUUGUCCGGCCGGUUCUGGGCCUGGCUGGACCGGGAGGAGUUCCUGCUGCCCAAGAACGUGCUGGACAUCGUGGAGGGACAGACGGUCACCUGGAUGGGCCUCUUCUACUGCCCCCUGCUGCCCCUGCUUAACAGCAUCUUCGUCUUCCUCACCUUCUACAUCAAGAAGUACACCCUGCUGAGGAACUCCAGGGCGUCCCCUCGGCCAUUCCGCGCCUCCAGCUCCAUCUUCUUCUUCCAGCUGGUGCUCAUCCUGGGCCUGCUCCUGGCCGCUGUGCCCCUGGGCUAUGUGGUCAGCAGCAUCCGCUCCUCCUGGGACUGUGGCCUCUUCACCAACUACUCAGCCCCCUGGCAGGUGGUCCCAGAGCUGGUGGCCCUCCGGCUCCCACCCCCUAGCCAGCGCAUCCUCCACUACCUGGGCUCCCACGCCUUCAGCUUCCCCCUCCUCAUCCUGCUCAGCCUUGUCCUGACCGUGUGCGUCUCCCAGUCCCAGGCCAGCGCGAGGGCCAUCCGGGGGCUCCGGAAGCAACUGGUGUGGCAAGUGCAGGAGAAGUGGCACCUGGUGGAUGACCUGUCGCGGCUGCUGCCGGAGCCGGGCUCCGGCGACUCUCUGGGGCCUGAGUCCCCUCACUCCCGAGGUUCGCGCCCGAGAUCCUUCUGCCCCGGAUUCCCGUGCCCGGGCUCCCCGGGACCCAGGGCCCCCAGGCCGGAACCCUCCCUUGAGGAUCCUGCCGGGUUGCGCGGUGUCCGGUUUCCCGCCCGUAGCUGCCGCUUCCCCAGCGGUUCGGAGCUGUAG